AUGAUGAAAAGUAAGACCUCCACAUGUUUUGAGAAUCUACCCAAUGAACUCAUCUAUGGGAUUUUUGACUUCAUGGAUGGUCUUGAACUUUAUCAAACUUUUUACGAUCUGAAUUCUCGUAUUAAUAAUAUUCUAAAUUCAACAUCAAAUAUGCAUCUUGAACCAGAUUCUUCAAUAGCCACUAGCGAUUCACUCGUCGAACGGUUUGCUCAGCGUGUCGUUCAUAUAAGAGUUCGUCGAUCAGAUUAUCUCGAUGCAACUCGAUUUCUGAAUGUUCAUUCGUUAGAGUUUUACGAUUAUUUACCUCAGCAACAAUUGGAACAGAUUCGGCCUGAAUGCUUUGCUCAUCUUGUUUAUCUUCGAAUGUGUUAUAUAGACGACUCUGUUGUGGCAUCGACUUUCUUUCAAAGGAUUUUCUCUAACGAAUUUCCAUCUUUGCAUAAAUGUGUGUUGGAUGAACUCACACCACCUGAUUCCAGUCAACAAUGGUUAGGUUCACCCUCACUUCGUUCACUCAGUGCUCGUGGAUUUGCUUUACCUCUUUAUUCAUAUAUACUUAAUUCUUGUUCCAAUUUGACUCAUCUACACUGGUCGACCAUCCGAUGUGCAGACGUAGAUAAUGAAGCUACUCUUGUUCGACACACUCAUCUCAAACGUCUUUACAUUCGGACGAUAAAUAUUCAAAUAAUCGAAACUAUUCUUUUUCAUGUAUCUAAUCUUAAACGACUUUAUAUUGUCUCCGAUUGGUCUCGUGGAAACAAUUGUCUACCGCUCGAUUUUAAACGACUGGCUCAUAUUCUAAUUAGAUAUGUACCAUCUUUAAAUUGCUUCGAUUGUGAUACCAUGGAACGUAAUCCAAUUGAUAUUGAUACUAUUCAUGGGUUUCAUCCAUGUUUCAUACGCAUUCAAAUUGAAUGCGUACCUGAUGGUCGCAUAAGAUUUUUCACCAUAAAAUAA